AUGCGCCUCGAUGGGCUCGCCCAACAAGCCCACCCAGACAAACGGCCAUCCCUACUUACUUUAUCGAGUUUCGGACCGAAGGAUAAAGCUAAGUUCGAACGAUUACUAGUGGAGUAUCAAGCCGACAACCAGCUACCAGACCUAUUCAUCACGCGCCCGUCUACGCGGCGCUUGUUCGCGUUCUUGAACAAGCACUAA